AUGUGGGUAUUGGCUCAAGACCUUUGCAGAGAUGGAACAUGGAAUGAAAAAGCCAAAACUUCCAUGCAAAUGGCAGGAUAUAUCAGAAAUAUGAAGGACACUAUGGCCUCCGCUGACCAUAAUGUGGAAGGUCUUCUGGAUAGAAUGGUCUCCUUCUAUGCACAAGGACUACAGCAGAUAGACUUUGAAAAGUAUUUCCUCAUUGAGGAGGAGCUUGGAAAAGGCGGAUAUGGAAAUGUAUUCUUGGUGAAGGACAGGCAAACAGGUCAAAGAAUGGCAAUGAAGGUUAUGGAUAAGGACAAAACCAGUCAGCAGUCUUUUCUCCAUGAAUUCAGUAUUUCAUUUUUACUGUCUUCUCAUCAAAAUAUCAUCGGAUGUUUUGGCUUCUUCUACUCCACCAUCGACUACUUUGUCUUUGCCCAGGAACUGGCACCUGUUGGAGAUCUGUUCUCCAUUAUCUUUCCAAAUGUGGGAAUUCCAGAAGACGCAGUAAAGAGGUGUACUGUGCAGAUCUCCAGUGCUCUGGAAUUUAUAUCGGAGAAAGGACUUGUACACCUGGACCUUAAGCCAGAAAAUGUUCUUGUGUUUGACCAAGACUGCCAUUGUGUGAAGAUCACAGACUUUGGACUCACUAAGGUCACAGGGACAGUGAUUAGAACAAGAUGUGGAAGCAAGACCUACAUGGCCCCAGAGAUGUUUAACCUGACCAUUUCAGAUGGACUGGCUGUAGAUGGCAGCCUUGAUGUGUGGGCGUUUGGUGUCGUCAUCUACUGCCUACUCACAGGAGAGUUUCCAUGGCAGGUGGCCAUGCUUGAUGAUGAAGCAUAUAAACAGUAUGUUGACUGGCAAAAUGAUUUCCAGGAGGUUAAUCCUCCAGAAGCAUGGGAAAAGGUUCCAGCCGGGAUACGAAGAAUGUUUAUUGAUCUUUUGGCAAUUGAUCGCACCAAAAGAAGUAAAACUUCGGAAGUCUUGCAAUACCUGAUUGAAAGCUGGAAAGAAGAAACACCAGAAUCAACUUUAAUACAAGAGGAGGGUGAUUCCAUUGAAAGGAUUUCUUCAGCCCAGUAUGAGGUAACAUCGGCUUCCCACCUGACCACGUCAUGGAGCAACGUCUCCAUCUCAUCGUCUAUCAGCUCCUUGUCUUACCUUCUCACCAUAGACACUUCUGUAUCUCAGUCUGAGAUGAUUCCAGAGCCACAGAAGGACAUGUCAGAGGCACCAAUUUAUGUUUGA